GACCUAACCUUUUUGUUCUACUGCGUACCAUCGUGCAUAUUUAGGCUACUUUUUUUUUCUUUUUUGUUUGUCUAUUAUUUGUUUGAUCGAAAUAAAAACAGGGGUUGGUGGGGAUGCAUCGCGAAUAAGGCGCGAAUAAAUACAAAUAUUAGUUAUAUCAACUAACCGCAAAUCUGGCGAACCUGGGAAAUCUCGCGAGUUGCGUCUCUACGAUGAUAGACGACGAGGAACAAGAAGAGCUACGGUGUACGGGAAGUGACGUUGAGAUAGAGGAAUACACUGAUACGGAAGAGUCACCAUACGUCGGUGCUUAUCGUGCCAGUUCCGAUAAACUUUUCGACAAAAAUAAAGCGACCUGGCAAAAAUGCACAUUUUUAAUCACCCUAUUUACCGUGGUUGCAUCCGUAACAGUUCUUGUUAUCGGUUUUCCACUAUAUCUCGAAAGCAUCAGUGCCGUAUCUAACGGUUACACUGGUCUUCUCUUUAGUGCUCUCGGCUCUGCUUGUAUCCUCGGUUUCGUUUACUUCGUAACCGAUAAAAUUUCUCCACCUCCACCGUUGGUACCAAACUCUAUGAGAAUAAGAAUACCACGCUGCAUGCUUAUCAAAAUAAGCACAAUUUAUGCUCUUUCUGGUAUUCUCGUUGCCCUAUCUCUCGAUCAGAAUCGAGUUCUCUGUCAUCUGCAGGAUCCGAUCAAAGGCAUCACUCUACUUUUCUCCCUGGUUUAUUAUUUCUUCUUCUCUCGCAAAAUGAUGAGCCUCCAACGAAUAUUCGCAAGCACUACGAUAAUAGUAGGCCUGUUUAUAAGCGUGGACUAUGGUCUUUGCGAUGAAUUUCGUUGUAGAGGAAGAGAAGUGUCAGCUCAUACAGCGACGAUGAGAGGAUCCUGGGGCGUCAGAGCUGUCUGGACGUUCGUUUACGUGGGUGCACUGGCCGCUUUUGCGAUGUUCUUCACAAUGCUAGAGCGUCAUUAUACGACUGGGCAACAACAUAUUUGUCAAUUACUGACAACUCAGCCAAAUUCUUUUCUUUACACCGUAUCUCGUUUGGUAUCUUCUCGUGACAUCCGACGAAGAGGAUCAGAAGAAGAGGGUGGAAGAUUGUUGCACGUUACAGAUCCGGAUCCAACGAUAAAGCCAAAAAAUUAUCCAAAACCGCCAAUCCUUCAGACUCUUUUUCACAUACAUGUAAUCACAUUUUUUGCGAUCCUUACAUUGUGUUGGUUGGACACGUUACCUGGCAUUGGUAGGGGGCUUUCACCAGUCGACUUGUAUCGUACCGUUGAACACGGUUUAUCCUGCCACUUUAAAACAAUCGACUCUUGCUCGAACGUAUCCAGCCAUGCUUGGAUUUGUCUAUUAGCUUACGUAAUAUUCGUAUUAUCGUCCCUUAACUUUCUGUCGAUGUGCGAGAGUGCAGUCUUUACUGUCGCUGCAGCUACAGUUUCUCUUCCUCUCUCUGGCAUUUGGUGGAGUAUUUACAAAAUGAACGUCGGUGCAAACGGCGGUUUUAUCGUAUGGUCACCUGGAGUAACAGGUGAAUUAAUUUGCGCAUUACUCGGUCUUCCCGUUGUACUUCUUGGUUUGGGUUUACUCGUCAGGUCUCACUUCAGGGAUACUCAAGCUUCUUAUCAAACUAUACAACCUCCUGACAUACAACGUGAUUGUCACAGAUAAAUCCUUCCUAAGGUAUUGGUAUCUUUUUAGAUAUAUAUAUAUAUAUAUAUAUAUAAAUUGCAUCAACAGUAAAGAAAAUUAGAAAUGAAAGAGAUAAUAAAACGAUCUGUAUACAUACGCACACAUACGACGAUUAUCUUAUACGUCUGACAAUUUUUUGAGAAAAAGAUUUUUAAAAAAAAAAA